AUGUUUGGUCUUAAUAAAUUUCAACCGCAACGUACUUUGACUCAAGAACCUAGCAUUUUCCUUCGUUUAAGGGUGACUGUAGCUUUUUCGAUCAUUUCUUUAUGGAUUAUUUAUGCCUGUUUCUUGUUGGUGCAAAUUAUAACCGAUCGUCCGGUGAUUGAUGUUGACACGUAUACCGAUUGCGGUAGAGAAGAUGGAGCUUUAUACAUUAUUUCGGGGGGAGGAGAAGAACCAAAAACUAUAUACUGUUAUCUUUUUUCUGGGAACGGUACUCUAUUUUAUGGAAAUACAACAGGCGGUAUUUGGAAAAUCGGAAUAUUUUACACAAUGAUCGACGCUGGUUUGUCAAACAGUACUAUAAAUGAAGUCGCAAAUAUUGUUGCACAAUUAUAUGAUCCAAAUAGCAAUACUUGGAAGCAUAAUAUUAAAAUGCGCAAUAAACUUGAAGAAGCAGUUUACAAAGAUACGAAACUGCAAGGUAGUAACUUUGCUGGACUUAAAAACUAUUCGACCAUUGUAAAAUUCAAACAAAAUACAUAUCGAUCAAUUUCUCAACGUGACAUUAAGAGUUACUUUGGCUUGUCAGCAACAUAUGAAGAAACAAUAAUACUGCCUUCUACUGUGACAUACUAUCCACUUAAAGAAAAUGCUGAAUUUGUGGGAAAAAAAUUUUCCGGCUUUAUUUCUAUGAAUGUUGAAUCUUAUAUUCACGAAGUCUAUACUGAAAGACGACUACGUACAGUACUAAACUCUUUGGGUGUGGCUGGAGGUAUUAUCGGCUUUUUCGCAGCAUUUUAUUGCUUUCUCUUUGGAGAUAAGAAAAUCAAGCCUUGGGGCUUUGUACAUCGAAUAUUCAGCUCACAACUAGAGAAAUCCACUGACGAUAAACUUACUUCGUCUUUGCUAAGUGAGUAUAACGAUAAGCAAGUUAAAAAUCACGAAAGACGUCUAAUGUAUUUGGAAGGAUUGAUUUCAGAUUACAUUAUAAAUACGUGUUCUUUAGAAAAAGUUAAAAAGAAAUUGAUUGAUGAAGAAAAUCUUUAUGAGAAAAGUGACGGGUGUUUCUUAGAAAUUCCUACGAGUGAUCAGGAAUUAUUUGGGAAUUCUACAGCUUAUAAGGAAUUGAUCCAAAACUUUAAAAUUGCAAAUCGAUAUAAGCC